AUGGUGACAAUGUUGGCAUCGAAUUUAAUCCGAUCGGAUAGCCAAUGGCUAAUCAUUGUAUUAUUACUAUCGAUUCUAUACAUUCAUCAUCAUCAAAUCGAAUGUUCUGUGUUUAAAUUGGUAAGAAAAAAGAAAUUUCUUGAAGGUUUUCUUGUCGGUUUCCUCAUCGGUAGUGAAUAUGGCAAUCAAAAAGCUGGUUCAAGAUCACCUCCACCACCCCCACCGUUACCACCACCUGCUCCAUCACCGAUUUAUGGUGGCGGCUAUGGUUCAUCACCAGAUUUUGGUCAUUCAGGCCUCGAAUAUCGAUCACUUAUGUCGUCGAAAAAAUAUGAUCGUAACUAUUGGCAAAGAAUGCAAACUAGACCAAGACGUCAUCGACAACAACGUUCUAACAGAAAAACAAAACGAAUAAAGAAAAAAAUCUCACGAAUACCAUUUUAUUUGAAUUGGCUAACAACGCAACAAGAAAAGCAAUAUAUUAAAUGACAUUGACAAUUCUUAUCUUAUUAUUAUUAUAAAAUUAAAAUAAUCUAUAUUAAUCAAAAAAA